GUGGAGAGUUCUCGCGGAGUGAUAAGCGGCAGAAGUUUUUACUCCGCCGAAAUCAUUUCUAAUAUAAAACAAGUUGGACUGAGAGGAUUACUCCGGAGGCAGCAUGUUCAGGGCAGUGCUAAAAAUGAACAGAGACGGAGGGAAGGGGAGCAAGAAGGAGACAGUUGGGGAGCCGCACAUGCUCAGCAGCCCGAGGCGAGGGCUGGGCAGUGGGAUGCCGGGCCCUGGUACUGCCAUUUCUUGUCCUCCUGAAGACAGAUCGAGGCUUGCCCUGUCGAAAGCCGUCUCCACAUCACUGCCAGCCUCACCCCUGUUACCUCGACAGAACUAUAUGCUGCCCUCGCAUUCCUGCAAGAAAUCUCCAGGACCACUCAGGAAACCCAAAUAUGUGGAGAGUCCUCGAAUUCCCACAGACGCCUUCACAUCGGCGCUGAGGAAAAUGACUGAUGAUGAGCCAGGAAGCCUUGGCUCCUCCCCUGCCACUCAGGAGUUGAUGACACGCUUGGGUUUCUUGCUGGGUGAAGGCAUCCCAGGAUCCACACGCUUACCUAUGGAUGACAGGACUGAAAAACAGUGCUUAGUGAACCAGGGGGUGAGUCCUUGUUCCACUUUGACCAGCAGUACAGCGUCUGCGUGUACGGACAGCCCGUGCUCCACUCUGAACAGUUCCAGUCGGCCCAGUGCCAACCAGCACAGCCCCAGCGGCACAAUCAUCAGCCCCAGCUCCACGCUAGAGAGCAAGGAUAGUGGCAUUAUAGCCACGAUAACCAGCUCUUCAGAGAACGAUGAGCGCAGUGGGUCCAGUCUGGAGUGGAGUAAAGAGGGCAGUAUGAGGGUUGCCGGGCAUCAUUCGCUGGCUUCAUCCACCUUGCGCUCAGACACGUGCUCUCCUGUGGUUGAGGAGGAGGCAUCUACAUCCAACACAGAGAGCUGUGGUUCCAUCAAAAUCACAGCCUCAGGAAAGACAGCAACAGUUACGUCAAGGGUCAAUGCUGAGGGACCUGUUUACUACCCAACACCAAGCGCCUCCUGCCUCAUGAUGCCCAGACCCAACUCAGUUGCAGCUACCAGUUCCACAAAACUGGAGGACCUGAGCUAUCUUGAUGAACAGCGUAACACACCACUGCGCACCUCCAUACGAAUGCCGUGGCACAACACCGGAGGAAGGCCACUCCACGACAAAGCACGCUUUGCUCCAUAUAAGCCCGUGGAUAUCAUGCUAAAGCCGCUUCUGUUCGAGGUUCCGAGCAUCACAACGGACUCAGUGUUUGUAGGGCGAGAUUGGCUGUUUCAGCAGCUGGAGGAUGUGCUAAUUAACAGUCAGUCGGGCGAGAGCCGUGGAGCCACCGUGGUGGGCAAUGUGGGCUUCGGCAAAACGGCCAUCAUCUCUCGCCUGGUGGCACUGAGCUGCCACGGAGGCCGCAUGAGACAAAUCGCCUCCAAUAGCCCUCAUGCAUCUCCAAAAGCUGGAAACCAGAGUUCAGAGUUACCCAUGAGUCAGCCUCCACAUGCUACUCCUCCCUCCAGCAACACCAACACCCUGCAGUCUAACAGCUGCCCCAGCACACCUGAGCUCUGUCGACACAAAGAGGAAGCUGUUAAACGCCUGGCUGCCAAGGUGGUUGCUUAUCAUUAUUGCCAGGCUGACAACACCUACACUUGUCUGGUUCCUGAGUUUGUACACAGUGUGGCUGCUCUAAUGUGCAGAUCUCAUCAGCUCACAGCCUACAGGGAGCUGCUACUUAAAGAAACCAACCUCCAGAGCAUGCUCAGCCUGCGCUCUUGCGUCCAGGACCCCGUGGCAGCCUUCCGCAGGGGUGUGCUGGAGCCUCUUAUCAACCUGCGCAAAGAGAGGAAGAUUCCAGAGGAGGAUUACAUCAUCCUGAUUGACGGGCUUAACGAGGCGGAGUUCCACAAACCAGACUACGGAGACACCGUCGUGUCCUUCAUCUCCAAGUGUAUUCCCAAAUUCCCUACCUGGCUCAAACUUAUCAUCACUGUCCGGACCAACCUACAGGACAUCGCCAGUUCGCUUCCCUUCAACAAGAUUAGUCUGGACGAUUUCCCUGACAACAGUGAAAUCAGCUGUGACCUCGAUGCCUACAUCCAGCACCGAGUGAACAGCAGUCCUGAUGUGCUCAGUAACGUCUCUCUGAAUGGCAAGGCUGACCCAGUCACUGUGUCCAAACUGAGCUCGCACCUUAUCUCCCGCAGUCAGGGCUCGUACCUCUACCUAAAGCUCACCCUGGACCUCUUCGAGAGGGGCCACCUGGUCAUCAAAAGCUCCAGCUACAAGGUGGUGCCCAUCUCCCUAGCUGAGAUCUACUUACUGCAGUGCAACAUGAAGUUCCGGAGUAACUCUGCGUUUGAGCGCGCCGUGCCCAUUCUGAACAUUGCCCUGGCCUCUCUGCACCCACUAACCGAUGACCAGCUCUUUCAAGCCCUGAACGCUGGUGCUGUACGGGGGGAGCUACACUGGGAAGACUUCCAGCAGCGCAUGGAGAUGCUCUCUGCAUUCCUGAUUAAACGACGGGAUAAGACACGAAUGUUUUGCCACCCGUCCUUUAGAGAGUGGCUGGUAUGGAGAGCCGACGGCGAGAGCUCGGAAUUCCUCUGUGAUCCCAGAAGUGGCCAUGCCCUGAUGGCAUUCAUGUUGUCCAGACAGGAGGGCAAGCUGAACAGGCAGCAGACAAUGGAGCUGGGACACCACAUUUUAAAAGCACAUAUAUUUAAGGGUCAGAGUAAGAAAACUGGAGUAUCAUCCAGUGUUCUUCAGGGUUUAUGGAUCAGCAGCAGCACUGACAGUCUUUCUGCUGCAUUGGCUUCACUGAGGAAUCUGUACACACCUAAUGUCAAGGUGAGCCGCUUGCUGAUGAUGGGAGGUGCAAAUGUGAACUACCGUACGGAAGUGCUGAACAAUGCACCAAUCCUGUGUGUGCAGUCACACCUGGGUCAUCAUGAGAUGAUGGCCUUGCUUCUGGAGUUUGGAGCCAGUGUGGACGUAUCAUCUGAAAAUGGCAUGAGUCCCCUUUGUUAUGCUGCUGCAUCAGGACACCUGGGCCUUGUGACUCUGCUCUGCAAAAAAGGAGCCAAGGUGGAUUAUGUGGAUAAGAAUGGUCAUAGUGCGCUGGUGCAUGCUGCUCUGAGAGGACAUCUGGAUAUUAUCCACUACCUGCUGAAACAGCAGUGGAGCAGAGAGGAGCAGCAACAAGAGCUCAUCCUGAAGAGCAAAGCUUUACAGCAGGCUCUUAUAGCAGCCUCCAGCAUGGGUCAUACACAGGUGGUGAGAGAAAUACUCAACCUCACUGAUGAACUGACUGUUCAGAUUGAUGCUCAUGAUACACUAUGGGGAGAAACAGCACUAACAGCAGCAGCGGGCCGAGGGAAGAUGGAAGUGUGUAAUUUUCUGUUGGAGCAGGGGGCACAGGUCCAGCAGGUGAACAGAAGAGGAAUGUGUGCACUCUUUUGUGCAGUGAGACAGGGACACUGGCAGAUAGCAGAUGUUUUGUUGCAGCAUGGUGCAGAUGUGAAUGGAAGUGAUAAACAAGGUCGAACUUUACUGAUGGUGGCAGCAUGUGAGGGUCAUCUCAACACUGUGGAUUUCCUUCUUUCCAAAGGUGCAUCUUUAGAGUCGGUGGAUAAGGAGGGGUUAACGCCUCUCAGCUGGGCGUGCUUGAAGGGACAUAAGAAUGUUGUACAGUUUCUGGUGGAGAAAGGAGCAGUUAUAGAUCAUUCGGACAAGAAUGGACGCACUCCUCUGGACCUGGCGGCAUUCUACGGAGACUCAGACAUUGUACAUUAUCUGGUGGAGAGAGGAGCUGUGAUUGAACAUGUGGAUUUAAGUGGUAUGAGGCCCCUCGAUCGGGCUAUAGGCUGCAGAAACACUUCAGUGGUGGUCACAUUACUCAAGAAAGGAGCCAAACUAGGUAAUGCUGCCUGGGCCAUGGCUACGUCAAAGCCUGACAUCCUUAUCAUUCUGCUACAGAAACUUAUGGAGGAAGGCAAUUUGCUCUACAAGAGAGGGAAGAUGAAGGAAGCAGCUCAGCGGUAUCAGUAUGCACUGAGAAAGUUUCCCAGAGAGGGCUUUGGUGAAGAGUUAAAGGCGUUUCGAGAGCUGCGAGUUUCUUUAUUUCUCAACCUCUCACGCUGUCGCAGAAAAACUAAUGACUUUGGUCUGGCUGAGGAAUUUGCCACAAAAGCACUGGAACUGAAGCCUAAAUGUUAUGAAGCGUACUACGCUCGAGCUCGAGCCAAGAGGAGCAGCAGGCAGUUCACCGCAGCGUUAGCUGACUUAAACGAGGCAAGCAAGCUGUGCCCCAACAAUCGAGAAAUUCGCCGUCUCCUGGCUCGAGUGGAAGAGGAGUGUAAACAAAUGCAGCGUGCCCUGAAACAGCAGGGGACAAUGAACCAGCUCUCAGUGUCUCACAACUCGGACCAUGAGCAUGAACAUGAUGAGGACGAUGAGGAGGUCACUGAGGACAGCUCAGUGAGAGAUCUACAUGAGGAGCAGGAGGAGUCUUCACCACUGGACCACAGAGCUGAGGGCUGGUCUCAAAACUUCUACUCUUUUAACAGGACACUACCCGAGUCGAAUUCUCCUCCUCCUCACAGACAGAGCCAGCGGCAGCAUCAGAGAGAGUCUGUAACCCACAAGAGUCUAAUACUGCAGCCCACCAAACAAGCCCAGAUCAUCAAAACUAACCAGCACCUGAGCUCCACGUGUCCAGGGGGCAACAAGAGCUCAUCCAGCCCGCUCCCUGGCCGCCACAUGCUAAAAGCUGGGCCAGACAUUGACAUCAGCCAUCCAGUUUGUGCUAGUGAAGACAGAGGACACUUGUCCACUGCUACGGCUUACCAUGAUGGUGAAGGAGUCCUUCUGUCUCAGGUAUAUGUGUCAUCCAGCAGCAUCAGGGCUCCAGAGACACUUUUAGCCCAUUCUGUGAGCUCUUUAGAGGGUCUGGCUCUGUCGUCAGGAGCUCAAGGACAGGAGCCGAGGAAGGAAUGUGCCCUGGGAGCAGGAUCAGGCUCUGGAUCUCAGCCUGGCAGUAUGAGAGUGUCCAGUUCUACAAGCAGUCUGGCUUCCAGCAGCAGUCUGUCAGACAGCGGCAAGCUCCAGGGCCCAGAUGUUCGCACCAAAACCAGUGUGGACAAGAACAAAGAGUACAAACCUCGACCUUUCAUGGGUAUUAUGGACAAAACAGCUCGAUUUCAGCAGCAGCAGCAGCAGCAGCAGCAGCAGCAGCAUCUGCAAGGCCAGCAGUCAAUGUCACGGGUCUGGCAAAGUCACCCAGAGAGUCAUGGCAUGUCCACUGCAGGAGUGAACAGUGAGCUGGCUUUCCUAAAACCAGGCACAUCUUACUCUGAGCAGCUAAAGACCUCCUCUCAGGGAGCCACUUUAGGAAGCCUGCACAAUGGCAACCUGCAUUGUACAGCAUUUAGUGAUCAGUUCUGCCAAUCGGUUACCAAGCCAGCAGUGACCAUGGCACAUUCCUACACGGACAGCAAGCCCACACAUCCCGGCUUAAGCCGAGAUAAUCCUGCCAUUCAUGUAGCUUCAAUGAAACCAAAGCGAUCCUUUAUUGAAUCAAAUGUAUAGAUAUAAUACAGUCAGAAAGCCACUGUUUCAUUUCUCUCAUGUAAACACAUUCACACGCCUUUAAAUAUUCAAUCAAGUGGUUUUGUUCCCCUCCACGUUAAGCCUUUACAACAUAACCAGGGCACCAGCAAAUUUGUACCAGUGAUAAUAGAAUGUUUACUAGUAAAAGUUACAUAGUUAAACUAAAUUAUCAUACACAGUUUCUAGAGUAGUAAACAUUUCUACCCAUUUCUUAUUCAUGCAUUUUAAUUAAGAUAAAAUAUAACAUUAACACAUUUCAUUUAGUUACUACUUAAAGUCUUGUUAUAUUUCCACUUUUCUAUUUUUCAAUUUUUGAUACAGAGGAAUAUAUCAGGACUUUUCUUCUUUUAUUUUAAUGGGACCAACAUUUUCACUAGGAUCCAUUUACCUGUUUCAUUACCAUUUUACUUCAUUUACAGAUUCAUUUGGCUGCUGCUGGCUCACCUUACUUUAGCCACACAGGAAAUAAAUCAGUGCAAAAGAACGCACAGAGACCCACGCUCAGCACUUUACACAGCAUCACUGCAACACUCAUAAUGCACACAGAACAUGUAUCUUUGGAGGAUCACACUGUCAAUACUACAUUAUAUCACUGGUGCUGAAACAAAGUCUAGUCUAGAGUUUAUUAAUGAAAGUGCAAAAUUGAUAUAAAGAUGUGUAACCUCUAAUGCAGUGCAUUCUGGGACUGGUGUUAGAAUGGCAGGUUAUUAGCAGUAUAAACUGUUGCUAAACUGCAUCAGAGAAAUAAAAAGCUUUGUAUAUAAUAACCUGUGUGUAUUUUUAAAGCCUUAUAUUUUAUGUAAAGUUGUCAGUGUAUUUCACUGUAUGUGUAUGUUGCAUUUUUAUGCACGUUAGUUGUGAUUUGUAACGUUACUAAAUACACCCAAGUUUGUAUGUUCUGUUUAAAUAUGUCCUAUAAUGUUUCAGAUCUAAUAUUUUUUUCUUUGCUGUGCUUGUUUUGCUGUGUAGAAUAAUUUAUUUACAGUGCCUAUGGCUUGGUAAUUGUAAAAGCAAUAUAUUUUAUAUAGUUAUUUUUGCACAGUUGCUAAAGAAAUAUUUCAAUAAGAAGCUCUAAGGAGGAGAUGUAUGUUGAGGUGCAUGUUACAGUGGGUGUUUCAGUAAAAGGAAAUACAGUAUACAGCGAGAGGCUUUGGGGCAAGAAGUUCUAUUUUAUAUAAAUAUGUUAGUUGCAACAGUUGUCAUGUUUCAGUAAUGUGACAAUUAUUAAUCACAUGCUGUACAGAUGCAUUACUGCCAUCACAAACAGGAAAUAAACAAUGCCACUGUUAAACAGC